AUGGGUAAUGUGUGGAGUGGUAAUUUGGAGGUUGGAGGGAGUGGGCAAUAUGUGUGGAGUGGUAAUUUGGAGGUUGGAGGGAGUGGGCAAUAUGUGUGGAGUGGUAAUUUGGAGCUUGGAGGGAGUGGGCAAUAUGUGUGGAGUGGUAAUUUGGAGGUUGGAGGGAGUGGGCAAUAUGUGUGGAGUGGUAAUUUGGAGGUUGGAGGGAGUGGGCAAUAUGUGUGGAGUGGUAAUUUGGAGGUUGGAGGGAGUGGGCAAUAUGUGUGGAGUGGUAAUUUGGAGGUUGGAGUUAGUGGGCAAUAUGUGUGGAGUGGUAAUUUGGAGGUUGGAGGGAGUGGGUAA